UUGUCCGGCCGCGGAAUUGCUAAUUGCUAAUCGCCCUCCCUCCCUCCUCUUUCUCCUCUUUUUCUCACAUCUUCUCGAUCUCAAUUCCUCCUUCAUUUCUCUUCUCUCGGCUCUCCAUGUAACGGCCACUCGAUGGCCUUCCGCCUGGCAACAGUCUGCUUUUCCGCUGGGAUUCACUGAUCGAUUCCCCGCGCAUGUCUCAGCCAGCAUGCCCCGCGCUGGAUGGGCGACCGGAGGUCUCCCAGCGGCCUUCGAUGGAUACAACUGACACCAUCAUUGUCGGAAACGGCCCGUCAGCCCUGAUCCUCUCCUAUAUCUUCCAUGGUCAUAUUCCUUAUUACCAAGCAACUCCGCCGCAUCCGGAUCCCCUGCUGCAUGCCAAGCUGCGGCAGACCCCGGCGCUGCUCCAGGCCGAUGUGAACACGCUGACUGAGCAUUUCGCCGCCUCGCGCUUGUCCUACUCGACCCAGGCUCUGCCGGUAAACGUGCUCCUUGACACACUUGUACGACCCAGUGUGGACGUAGAGGAGUUGGAAUGCGUCACCAACGUCGAAUGGCGGUAUGAGCCCGAAAAGGCCGUGCCCCAUCUAGUCUUCGGCGAUGCGGCGUGCGCCGGCGGUCAAUGGACCGACAACCCCAUGCCUGCUAGCUGGGAUAUCCAAACCUUGAGCUAUGCAUCGAUGCUAUCGUUGCCGGGGUACUCAUUCGCCGAGCAUCACCGAGCGGUGACCGGGAAAGAUCUGCCGGCGUUUACACGGCCCAGCCGGCAAGAAACGGCAGAUUACUUCCGUCGGUAUCCCGGGGCCGUGCAGAUCGGCGAUGUCUUCCGCUUCAACGAGACCCUGUCGGGGAUCUCGCGCACGGACCAGGGCUUCUAUAUCCGCUCCCACAAUCUCCACUGUAAGCAUUUAGUGCUGGCGACUGGUAUCUUCACCGAGGUGCUACAGCCUAGUCCGAUGCUGCAGCCUUUGCAGUCUCUCGAGCCUGAACCUUCGAUCCCUUUGUUGGUCAUUGGCUCGGGGUUCUCGGCGGCUGAUGUUAUCAUCUCUGCCCCCAAAGAUCAAAAGAUCCUCCAUUCCUUCAAGUGGGAUUCAGAAGGCCGGCCUUCCCCGUUGCGUGGGUGUCACCACCAGGCCUAUCCUGAAUACGCCGGGGUGUACCGGUUGAUGAAACGGGCCGCCCUGGCAGCGGACCCAGGCCCGCCCAAACGCGGCAAGAUGCGACGGAUAACGUCGACGCCGUUUCUCGAAUCGCGUAAAUGGGACGAUGUGUACGAAGGCCUGCCCAACCUGGAGAUCGCUGGCGUCGAGAUGCAGGGCGAUCAAGCCCUCGUCACAUUCCGCCAGCCAGACGGGCAAACCCUUGUCCGUGCUGUUCGUGGGCUGGUCUAUGCGACCGGGCGUCGAGGCACCCUCAAGUACCUUGACCCCUCUCUGCUCGCGGAAGUUCUGGGUCGGGAGACCACCACGACGGAAGCGGACUCGAUCGUCACCAACCAGACGCUGCGCGACAAAGCGCUGACCGACAUGGAGGUGGCGCGAGAUGUCUUUGUCAUCGGGAGUCUGACUGGGGACUCCCUUAUCCGGUUAUCGUACGGGAGUUGCGUCCAGGCAGCGGGCAAAGUGAUUGGGGCGUCAACGGGACAGAACCGGGUCUGGAAUAGCUCGGCUCAUAGCUCCCGUCCACCGUCGUUAUCCGUGGGUGUUCUGCGCGGUAUCGAUGGACAUGAUGUCUAUCCGGCUGGGAUCAGUCAGUCCCAGGGAGACGAGGAGCGGUCAUUGCGGUAUACCAUUCCGGAGCGGAUUCUGCCUAGUGGACUGUGGAAAUGGCUCCGGAGAUGGUGGAAUGUGAAUUGAGUAUAUGAGUAGUUACGAUACGAGCGGGCUAUAUGAUAGAGAUCCUGCUGUGGAUAGGCUAUAGACAUCUGGCCACAGGAAUUAGCCGGUGGAGAUAGAGAUGACUUAUUGUCUAGAUUGUAUAUAAAAUGUCCAUCAAGUGCU